AUGGCCCUGGAAGUAAGAGGGUUUGUCUGGGUGAGCAGUCCCCCAAAUCAGGCCUUUGACCUGGGCAGGAAUGCCUGGUAUGUGGGGUGAGCUCUCUCAAUUGGGCCUAACCUGGGUCAUUGACUGUAAUAGAUAAAAGAAUGCUGUUCACUUUAGACACUCUUUAGACACACUUAUUAAGGCACAACUUGCCUGAUUGUUAUUGGUUUGUGUAUGUAGUUUAUACUAAAAUUGUGAUGCCAUGUAGAUGGAUCAGGCAAGUUUGAAGUUGUUCUGCAAAUACAUGUAGUUCAAGUUCUGUACUGUAUGGAACGUAAUUGCUGGAAAAAGUACCCAAUUGUCAUACUUGAGUAAAAGUAAAGAUACCUUAAUAAAUGACUCAAGUAAAAGUGAAAGUCACCCAGUAAAAUAGUACUUGAUUAAAAGUUUAAAAGUAUUUGGUUUUAAGUAUACUUAAGUAUCAAAAGUAAAUGUAAUUGCUAAAAUAUACUUAAGUAUCAAAAUUAAAAGUAAAAGUAUAAAUCAUUUAAAAUUCCUUAUAUUAUGCAAACCAGACGGCACAAUGUUCUUGUUUUUUAUUUAUUUACGGAUUUGGCUACCAUGGCUAUGCCCCCAUUGGAUGACAAUGCCCCCAUCCACGGGGCACUAGUGGUCACUGAAUGGUUUGAAGAGCAUGAAAACGAUGUAAACCAUAUGCCAUGGCCGUCUCAGUCACCAUAUCUAAACCCAAUUGAACACUUAUGGGAGAUUCUGGAGUGGGCCUGAGACAACAAAACACCAAAUGAUGGAAUUUCUCGUGGAAGAAUGGUGUCAAAUCCCUCCAAUAGAGUUCCAGACACUUCUAGAAUCUAUGCCAAGGUGCUUUGAAGCUGUUCUGGCUCGUGGUGGACCACCGCCCUAUUAAGACACUAUGUUGGUGCGCCUGCUGGCUGACCCCGGUCGUCAGGUGAACGUGUUUCCUCCGACACAUUGGUGCGGCUGGCUUCCGGGUUAAGCGGGCGGGUGGUAAGAAGCGCGGUUUGGCGGGUCAUGUUUCGGAGGACGCAUGACUUGCCCUUCGCCUCCUGAGCCCGUUGGGGAGUUGCAGCGAUGAGAAAUUGGGGAGAAAAAAAAGACACUAUGUUGGUGCUUCCUUUAUUUAGGCAAUUGCCUGUACAUUCUCUCUGCAGGGAGACAAGAGGCCCUUCUUUGCUGUUUGUCCUUCUGUUUAGAUGUAUAAGGCUCCCUUCCCCAAUAGCCACAGACAGCCUUACAUGAGACAGGGCUACGGUACAAAAACAACAUUUCGAUUAUUUCUUUGUCUGCUUGCAAAGGACUAAUGUGACUCAUAUGUUCAGUUCACUGUGGGCCCAGUGAUUUGGGUCUUUGUGAGUUAUGAAGUAUAGACAUUACACACGCUCCUCUCCUGGAAAGCACUUUAGAGUUAAAGGUCUCAGCAGUCAGCCAGCUGGUAAGAUUAGUCAUAGACUAUAAUCAGCCUCUACAGCCUUUUUACUGGCUUUCAAAGAGAAUAUGACAUUGGCAAUUACAUUUUAUGUAAAGCCAUUUGAAGCUUUGAUGACAAAGGAUCUUGAAGUUACACCUAAGAUGUGACUUUGGUUUGUCAUUGAACAGUAUCUUUUCAUUACUCAUCCAAAGUAGUCCAUGCAAACACGCACACGCACGCACGCACGCAUACACACACACACACACACACACACACACACACACACACACACACACACACACACACACACACACACACACACACACACACACACACACACACACACACACACACAACAGAAAGGAGAGAGUAUUUUCUUCCCAUCUUAAUGACCUAAUUACAGUUAUAGCUUAUUAUAACUCAAACCUUAACAUCGUUUUUUGUUGUUGUGUGUGACCUCUCUUUGUUUUAGAAAAUAUUUAUUUGCCAAAUAGGACGAUGAAAGUGACACUUCCUUUGUUUGAAUCGAAGGAAACCAUGUUUGUUUGUUUUUGGGAAUAGGUCUGUUUCUUGUCUACAACUGGGUGCUGGAAGGUUUCUCCAAAGUGAACACUCACUGUUGUGUAGAAUAGUGUACUCAUUGUGUUUUGCUCACAGUCUGUCCACACUUCCUGUGUUUGAGUCCUACCGGUCUCUAGUAACUCUCUGUGUUGCUGGUAUGAACCUCACAGAAACUUAGUGUUGGCCUUAUAGUUCAUUCUGUCUGUAAAAUGCCAUUAUCCAAUAUAAAUCCAAUAAAUUGACCUUUGGUUGUCUGACAAUGCAUAGUCAUUAGUCAUAGUUUAGUGUAAGUGGUGGUCAUCCCCACUACAGCACCUCCCAAGUGAUAAUUCAAUCAUGGAGUCUUAGUCUUGGCACUGGUUUGAAUAUUUACCACGGUUGGAGAACACAGUUGCUCUCCCCACACUGUGGAGUGACCAGACCAGGCCAAUGUUUGCUGUCUGUCUCUCUGCUAAAGUAAUCACUGUUCCCUGUGUGUUCUUCCUGCUCUCUUCUAGGCCUCUCCCUCCAAAAGACCCAAAGCGGCUGUGAAAAAAAGAGCAGAAACAGUUAUCCCUGUAGCCAUUUUAACAUCUUCCCCUGAGGCCCCUCAGAACGUGCUGGUGGAGCCAGAAGCCAUGUAGGCAGUGUUGUGUAGAAUUGUGUACCCGUUGUGUUUUGCUCACAGUCCAUUCACACUCACUUCCUGUGUUUGAGCCAUAUGGGCAAAGAUUGUGGAUAAAUGAAGAUAGUUCACUCAGGCUGUUUACCAUAGACACCAAUGCAAUAGCAGCUGUGUCUGGUCUAGUUAGUUCAGUGACUUUCAUUGAACCCAAAAAAAAAAACCAGCGAGUGGGGUGUCUCACGUCCUCUUCCGUCUCUGCUAUGGGUCUCCAGUAGCUCUCUGGAUACACCAGAGAGGAAGAGGCGAUGUGAGAGAAUUUACUCUGGCCAAAAUCUGUCCACGAAAAUAAUACCAAGAAGUGAGGGAUUUUGGUAUGUAGGUCAAUGAGAGAGUGUCGAAUUUGGGGUAAACCGGAGUUAAGUUAUACUCAGAUAAGUAGGUCAUUUAGAAACGAGGUUCCUUGGAGAACAGAUGGAAGGCUCUCUCCCCAGCUGAUUGGUUCUUCUAACCCUAUUAAAGCCAUGAUUGGUUUGGUAUGCCCCUGACUUAGUUAUUUUUUUGUAAACAUUUUUUUUUUUACAGUGUCUUCACUUUGCGCUAUAAAAGAAGUUAGGAUUGGAUGGGAGAGUCACAGGUUGGACAUGCUCCCAAAUUCCUCAUCUUGGCUCUGCAGGGGAAUGUUUGCGCCCUCGUUUCCCUGAAGAGUCUUUCUUCUUGUUGUCUUCCACUCACGCUAUCCACCUCCCUCUGGGCACACAGAGAGAGGAGUCAGUCCAGACCAGACGCUCCAGCUGAGAAUGCAAAUCUGUGUGUGUGUUCAAGUGUGUACAGCUCCUCUGUUAGACAGCUCGAAGAUGGAAGUAUUUUCCCCAUCAGCUCUUGGCCUGUGGACCGACCCUGCCAUAAGUCUUCACAUGGACUAAUGAAAAUAAACGCCUGAGACAGGGGGUCUCGACCUGACCUGCAUAUCGUACAGUGUGUGUGUGUGUCUGUGCGCGCAUGCGUGCAUGUGUGUGUCAGACCUAGGUUCAAAUAGUACUCAAAAUCAUUUCAAAUGCUGGGCUUGAUUGGGCUUGCUGGGCGGCGCACAAUUGGCCCAGCGUCGUCUAGGGUAGGGGAGGGAAUGGCCGGCAGGGAUGUAGCUCAGUUGGUAGAGCAUGGCGUUUGUGACUUUUCUGUCGACUUAUCUUUUUGUCUGUGAAAAUCUCAACACACAUGCCAGCCAAGCAGUGACAUACCAGCAGAUACUUAUGAUUGUUGCUAAUAAUUUCCUGGAAUACUUAAGUAGGGCUGUGUGGCCGGGCAGGCAGGUCAACGGUGAGAGGUCGGAAGUCACUAGGCUCAGGCAGCUGAUGCUCUCUGACCUCCCGUCAUGCCAUCUGUGACAACAGGCUGCAGUCUGUACAUGAACCCACUCAUAUAUGCAUAGAAAACAUAAUAACAACAUAUUAGUGCCAUGCAGAUUCCAACAUGAAGGUAUUGUAUUGUGGUAUACUGGAAGAAUAGAGGGUCUCCCAUUCACCAUCCUGACCCACUACUCUUUUGUGAUGGAAGUUAGACCUCUUGGCUUCAUAGCAGUCUUGUUCAUUCUCUGUUUAGUUCAUCUCAGGGCUGUUCAAAGGACCACCAAAUGUUGGAUUCUCGUAGAUUGAUUUAUGUUUUCCUGAAUGGAAGGCCCUUUCUGGACAAUGCUGUAGUGUGUCACUCAAUGUUUUCUAUUUGUUUGGAGGAAUUUCCUGUUGUCUUCGUAACAGCAGAGCCUUGUGGGAAACAGUUGACCCGUAAAGGAAUAAAUCCCAGUCAAAUAGACAUUCCUCUGCCUCCUCUACGUGUGUGUGUCCUUACAAGCAUAGUAAAACAAGGAAAAUAUGGACAUGUGGGGACAUUUUGUCCAACCCCACAAGGAAAAAUGAUAUUUUAGGCUUAAGGGUUAAGGUUACAAUUAAGGCUUGGGUUAGAAUUAGGGUUUAGGGUUAGGAGUUUAGGGUUAGGGGUUUGGGGUUUGGGGUUAAGGUUAGGGUUAGGUUAAGUGUUUGGAGUUAGGGAAAAUAGGAUUUUGAACAGGAAUCAAUUGUUUGGUCCCACAAGGAUAGUAAAACAAACGUGUGUGUGUGUGUGUGUGUGUGUGUGUGUGUGUGUGUGUGUGUGUGUGUGUGUGUGUAUACAGUGAGGGAAAAAAGUAUUUGAUCCCCUGCUGAUUUUGUACAUUUGCCCACUGACAAAUAAAUGAUCAGUCUAUAAUUUUAAUGGUAGGUUUAUUUGAACAGUGAGAGACAGAAUAACAACAAAAAAAAUCCAGAAAAACGCAUGUAAAAAAGUUACCCAGUCCCUCCUGCAGCAAAGCACCCCCACAGCAUGAUGCUGCUUCACGGUUGGGAUGGUGUUCUUCGGCUUGCAAGCCACCCCCUUUUUCCUCCAAACAUAACAAUGGUCAUUAUGGCCAAACAGUUCUAUUUUUGUUUCAUCAGACCAGAGGACAUUUCUCCAAAAAGUGCGAUCUUUGUCUCCAUGUGCAGUUGCAAACCGUAGACUGGCUUUUUUAUGGCGGUUUUGGAACAGUGGCUUCUUCCUUGCUGAGUGGCCUUUCAGGCUAUGUUGAUAUAGGACUCAUUUUACUGUGGAUAUAGAUACUUUUGUACCUGUUUCCUCCAGCAUCUUCACAAGGUCCUUGUUCUGGGAUUGAUUUGCACUUUUCGCACCAAAGUACGUUCUAGGAGACAGAACGCGUCUCCUUCCUGAGCGGUAUGACGACUGCGUGGUCCUAUGGUGUUUAUACUUGCGUACUACUGUUUGUACAGAUGAACGUGGUACCUUCAGGCGUUUGGAAAUUGCUCCCAAGGAUGAACCAGACUUGUGGAGGUCUACAAUUUUUUUUCUGAGGUCUUGGCUGAUUUCUUUUGAUUUUCCCAUGAUGUCAAGCAAAGAGGCACUGAGUUUGAAGGUAGGCCUUGAAAUACAUGCACAGGUACACCUCCAAUUGACUCAAAUGAUGUCAGUUAGCCUAUCAGAAGCUUAUAAAGCCAUGACAUCAUUUUCUGGAAUUUUCCAAGCUGUUUAAAGGCACGGUCAAUUUAGUGUAUGUAAACUUCUGACCCACUGGAAUUGUGAUACAGUGAAUUAUAAGUGAAAUAAUCUGUCUGUAAACAAUUGUUGGAAAAAUUACUUGUGUCAUGCACAAAGUAGAUGUCCUAACCGACUUGCCAAAACUAUAGUUUAUUAACAAGAAAUUUGUGGAGUGGUUGAAAAACGAGUUUUAAUGACUCCAACCUAAGUGUAUGUAAACUUCCGACUUCACCUGUAUGUGUGUUGUGUUUGUGUUCUUUAGUCAUCUGGACACUCCAUGACAUAUUGGUCCAGUGUCUGUCUGUCUACCAUCUGCCCUAUAAAAGUGUGGGUGUCUUUUGUCUGACUGUGUUGGCUGAGAGAACAUGUGUCGCCAUGUGUGUGUGAGGACAUUUUCUAAAACAUUGUUAUGCUAAAGUCACUGUGGCUUAGUGACCCUCGCUGUGAAUGAAAGGUCACAGGUCAACGGGCUGUUCAGACUUCCAUCUGGAACUGGGGGUCUGGAUAGCAGUCUGGAAGAUUUAGAUAGCAGACAAAAGGGCAACACACUUCUCUCGCUCUCUCUUUCGUUCUCUCUCUCUCUUUCUCUCUCUGUGUGUUGGUGUGGAUGUGUUUGGGUUUGAGUGUAAAACAAAUAUAUAUAUUGAAAUAACAUGUAGUGUUUCUUAAAAUGUAACAUAUGUCAAGACAUCUAAAACAGAAUGUAAUGUUAUACACAUUAGAAAACCCUACCACUAGGAAGUGAAGGGCAUAUCGCCAUCUAGUGACUGCCUUCAUGAAAGCAUACUCUAUCUAUCUAUCUAUCUAUCUAUCUAUCUAUCUAUCUAUCUAUCUAUCUAUCUAUCUAUCUAUCUAUCUAUCUAUCUAUCUAUCUACAGUUGAAGUCGGAAGUUUACAUACACCUUAGCCAAAUACAUUUAAACUCAGUUUUUCACAAUUCCUGACAUUUAAUCCUAGUAAAAAUUCUCUGUCUUUGGUCAGUUAGGAUCACCACUUUAUUUUAAGAAUGUGAAAUGUCAGAAUAAUAGUAGAGAGAAUGAUUUAUUUCAGCUAUUAUUCCUUUCAUCACAUUCCCAGUGGGUCAGAAGUUUACAUACAAUCAAUUAGUAUUUGGUAGCAUUGCCUUUAAAUUGUUUAACUUGGGUCAAACGUUUCGGGUAGCCUUCCACAAGCUUCCCACAAUAAGUUGGGUGAAUUUUGGCCCAUUCCUCCUGACAGAGCUGGUGUAACUGAGUCAGGUUUGUAGGCCUCCUUGCUCGCACACACUUUUUCACUUCUGCCCACAAAUGUUCUAUAGGAUUGAGGUCAGGGCUUUGUGAUGGCCACUCCAAUACCUUGACUUUGUUGUCCUUAAGCCAUUUUGCCACAACUUUGGAAGUAUGCUUGGGGUCAUUGUCCAUUUGGAAGACCCAUUUGCGACCAAGCUUUAACUUCCUGACUGAUGUCUUGAGAUGUUGCUUCAAUAUAUCCACAUCAUUUUCCUUCCUCAUGAUGCCAUCUAUUUUGUGAAGUGCACCAGUCCCUCCUGCAGCAAAGCACCCCCACAGCAUGAUGCUGCCACCCCCGUGCUUCAUGGUUGGGAUGGUGUUCUUCGGCUUGCAAGCCACCCCCUUUUUCCUCCAAACAUAACAAUAGUCAUUAUGGCCAAACAGUUCUAUUUUUGUUUCAUCAGACCAGAGGACAUUUCUCCAAAAAGUGCAAUCUUUGUCCCCAUGUGCAGUUGCAAACCGUAGUCUGGCUUUUUUAUGGCGGUUUUGGAGCACUGGCUUCUUCCUUGCUGAGCGGCCUUUCUGGGUAUGUCGAUAUAGGACUCAUUUUACUGUGGAUAUAGAUACUUUUGUACCUGUUGCCUCCAGCAUCUUCACAAGGUCCUUUGCUGUUGUUCUGGGAUUGAUUUGCACUAUUCGCACCAAAGUACGUUCUAGGAGACAGAACGCGUCUCCUUCCUGAACGGUAUGAUGGCUUCGUGGUCCCAUGGUGUUUAUACUUGCGUACUAUUGUUUGUACAGAUGAAUGUGGUACCUUCAGGCGUUUGGAAAUUGCUCCCAAGGAUGAACCAGACUUGUGGAGGUCUACAAUUGUUUUCUGAGGUCUUGAUUUUCCCAUGAUGUCAAGCAAAGAGGCACUGAGUUUGAAGGUAGGCCUUGAAAUACAUCCACAGGUACACCUCAAAUUGACUCAAAUGAUGUCAAUUAGCCUAUCAGAAGCUUCUAAAUUUAUGACAUAAUUUUCUGGAAUUUUCCAAGCUGUUUAAAGGCACAGUCAACUUAGUGUAUGUAUACUUCUGACCCACUGGAAUUGUGAUACAGUGAAUUAUAAGUGAAAUAAUCUGUCUGUAAACAAUUGUUGGAAAAAUUACUUGUGUCAUGCACAAAGUAGAUGUCCUAACCGACUUGCCAAAACUAUAGUUUGUUAACAAGACAUUUGUGGAGUGGUUGAAAAACGAGUUUUAAUGACUCCAACAUAAGUGUAUGUAAACUUCCGACUUCAACUGUAUGUUAUAAGCUAGUGAGCAAAAUGUAAAAUGUGGUCACUUGUGAUCACAAUAGAAAAUGAUCCAUGUCAAUACAUGAUAUUAUGUUAUGGAUUUAAUUGUGCAGAAUUUACAGUUACAAUGUUAUCUGACUCAGCCAAGUAGACCAGGUUCCGGUAAAAUCACCUCUUUUUCUAAAUCUAACAUUACUCAAGAAUUGUAUAAUAAUGCAUAUUGCUCAAAUAAACCUAAAAUGACUGCAUUCCGGUCUAUUUUUGUACUUGUAAAUCUAGCUACUUUAGUCAACACUAGAUGGCGAUGGUCACCUUCAAUGAGAUCGCUCUGUUGUUUAUGGCGGCAGUAAGAAGGACCCUUUCCUAUUACUUAUUACUGUUCAUUCUUAUGAAUUUCCUUAGUAUUUCCUUGUAUCUUUCUGAUGGUGUUGAUUAGAAGAAUGGAUGUAAUCUCUAUUUCUUUGCAGGAGGAGAUGUUCGUCAUUUGAAUUUAUAUAGGAGAUGUUCAUACAUCAUCACACAAGUAGAAGGCAUCAGACAUAGAAUCUCCCAUGUCUUCUGUGUCUCUGCCUAUAGGAGGGGAAGAGCAAGUCCAAGGUGUGUGCCAAUGUGUUCUGUGGGGCUGGCAGGGAGUGUGCUGUGACAGAGAAAGGGGAACCUUCCUGCCUGUGCAUCGAGGUGAGUUUUAGCGUAUACACACACGCGCAGGCAGGCACGCGCACACACACACACACGCAUGCACACACACAUUCACACACACACAUUCCUGAAAAAGACCAAAUGUCUCACAGCUCAGAGUGAAAACGGGUGUGCUCUCUCUCUCUCUCUCUCUCUCUCUCUCUCUCUCUCUCUCUCUCUCUCUCUCUCUCUCUCUCUCUCUCUCUCUCUCUCUCUCUCUCUCUCUCUCUCUCUCUCUCUCUCUCUCUCUCUCUCUCUCUCUCUCUCUCUGUCCUCAGCAAUGCAAACCUCAUAAGCGCUCUGUGUGUGGCAGUAACAGUAAGACCUACCGCAACCACUGUGAGCUCCACCGUGACGCCUGCCUGACCGGCCUCAAGGUCCAGGUGGACCACGACGGACACUGUGAAGGUAGGGGACACUGAAAUGAAUCCCCAGGUUGUGUAAGGCAUAGAAAAUAAUUACUAGAAUGGACAAAGCCCCUCAGACCAUGCACAUUUCAAACUCAAUAUAGCUACCGGUCCUCCCAUCACAGAGCAUUACCUUGAAUGGGAAAGUCUGUUCUGGGAAUUCUAUUUCUGAGGUCCAAGGAACAUUCUGCAAUAAAGAGGAGAUUAAGCGAAUCGUUUGCAGUUGUUUUGACUGUGUUAUGAUUUCUUUCAGAGACAAAGACAGACAAAGCUGUUGCUGCUAGCCCAAGUAAGUAUACUGCUCAAGGUCAUGGGGCCCAUUGUCUCAGAGAGGUUAAUGAAUAAUUGAUUAAUAAUAGCAGUAUGUUCAUUUUAUGCUAUCCUUGCAUGCACUGUGGAAGAUACACUGUUGGAUAUUCCUUUACACUUUCACACAACAGCUAUGCACUCAAGGGAAACACACAGACACACACACCCACACUCACACCCAGCCCCCCCAACACACACACACACACAACACAACACACACACAAACAGCAGUACUCUCACAUACUUAGUUCCAGUAAAAACACACUGUAAAUAUUAGCGAGUCUGUAUAAUUAUUCAGUUGUCUGCAGUACUGACCCUCUCCACUCUCUCCCUCUCUGCCUGUGUAGUCGUGUGCUACCUGGCCAACAGGAACGAGCUGCGCAGCCGGGUCAUCCAGUGGCUGCAGAAUGAGGUGGUCCCUGACGGCUGGUUCGCCAAGGGCUCCAACUUCUCUGACAUCCUGCUCAAGUACUUCAAGGUAGGUCGGACUUGUGUGUGUUUGUGGGGUUGGGUGGGUGGGUGGGUGGGUGGGUAGGUGUGUGUGUGUGUGGAGACAUAAUACUUUCAUAGUUUAACUACUGCUGUAAAAUAAUGGAAAACUGCAGGGAAAAGUACCGAACAGCUUAUUAAAGUGGAAUGGAGUAUUUAUUUCUAAAUGGUCCUGUCCUAGAAAGUCCUCCGCUGUCCUCAUCUUAAUAAAAUGGCUAAGAUUACAAUCCGUUAGCAUUUAUGGCAAACCCAAUGACUCUGGAAGCAGCAGAAUGAAACAUUUCACUUGCAGCAGCUCUACUGAGACAGAAUAUGUUGAAAGUUCACUGAGUUCUCCCCCUCUGUCCAUUAGUUAUUUAUUUUGUUCUGUGGGCCAAGAGACACAGCAUAGAAAAGGCCCCACAGCAAGCACAGACUGUUUAACAUUCUUCCCACUGCCCAGCACUUGAACACAUAACAGCAGUUAUGCAACAGCUCUCGUACACUGGUCCCCCAAAGAAUCAAGAUCAUCUCCCCCUGUUUGCCUGUGUGGUUAACACUUCACACAGAAAGCCCAUAUUAGAGCUCUGAUGGUCGUCUCCACCAUUUAUUUUCAUACUCAAUAAAGCAAAAAUAAUCAUACUAAAGAGUGGUGGAAUUCCACUCUCCUCAUAGGCUCAAAAUGAAAAUGUAUGAAUUAAUAUUCCUACAGGACUACGACAAUGGAGACUCCCAGCUGGACUCCACUGAGUUCCUUAAAUUCCUCCAGCACAACGAAACAGCCAUCAACAUUACCUCAUAUGCUGACGAGGAGAACAACCGCCUGCUCAGGUGAGACUCAACCACUUGCCCAGAGUCAGUAGCACACAGCUGUCAAUCAUCACAGACCAGCUCAGAUGACCUCCACCCACUGUUCGAUACUCAGUGAGCCCAAAUAAUAAUCGGGUAACACUUCACUUAAAGCCUGCAGGUGUAAUGCAUUCUGAGGCAUUGGUAAUGCAUUGCAAGUCAUGAGCAUGUAUGACCCGAUUAUUAUCUUAUAAUCAUGUCAUGAUGAUCCUGACUAAAUACCAGCCAUUUUGAUGUUUAUACAUAUAAUGCCAAGUGUUACUUACUGAUAUUUGCAUAGUGCAGUCCAUCAAAUUCUGUAGAAUUCAGUUGUUCAGUUGUUGCCCUAAUCAAAGUGUUAAUUAAACUGUUAGGUUCUUAUUGUCUAAUCUCACCCUGCUGCACCUUUGCAGCCAUGGUGAGUGUUCUGUAGAUUACUACAGUUUUGACUGUAUGUAAUCAUCAAAUAAUGUAAUUGAUAAGACUAGGAUGAGUGAUGUAGAUUUGUUAUAUCACAGUUGUUUACAUGGUGACCUCGAGACAGGGUGUACAGGGGCGGGGGUGGGGUAGGGGGAUGGGCAAUUUGGGGGGGGGCUGAAAGUGCUGUUUUGGCAGUUCUGCCAUGUUGAGUUGGCUUGUUUUGAUGGGAAGUGGUGGUGGGUCGGGGUGGGAAUGGGGCUGGGGCUCAGUGGCACCACACUGGCUGUCCCGUGGGACCAUACCCCUCUCCCAUGCAUCAUGGGUCUGGGCACGGGCGCAGAGACCGACACAGGGAUUUGGGCAGUAUCAACUCUCAUUCAUGUGUGGAAUCUUCCCUCCCAAUGUGUGUCGGCUGGCUAUCUGGGGUCAUCUGUGAGAUAGGCCAGAGUUAAAGGGCAACUGGACUGGCAUUAGCCUGAUCCCAGAUCUGUUUGUGCUGUCUUGCCAACUCCUAUGGUCAUUGUCAUUCCAAUGUUUUAGUUUCAAAAGACGCCAAAAACAAAAUAGUGAGGCAUGGCUUGGUUUAGGCAUGGUUUGGUUUAGGCCCAGUCUAAGGAACAUUGAGGAACAUUGGCAGUGCAUUCGGAAAGUAUUCAGACCCCUUCCGGUUUUCCACAUUUUGUUACGUUAUUCUAAAAUUGAUUAAAUUCAUUUUGUUCCUCAUCAAUCUACACACAAUGCCCCAUAAUGACAAAGCAAAAACAGUUUUUUUUAAAAAUUUCUGCUAAUGUAUUAAAAAUAAAAAACGGAAAUACCUUUGAACGGGGUAUGGUAGUAGGUGCCAGGCGCACCGGUUUGUGUCAAGAACUGCAACGCUGCUGGGUUUUUCAAUGCUCAACAGUUUCACGUAUGUAUCAAGAAUGGUCCAUCACCCAAAGGACAUCCAGCCAAUUUUACACAACUGUGGGAAGCAUUGGAGUCAACAUGGGCCAGCAACCAUGUGGAACGCAUUCGACACCUUGUAGAUUCCAUGCCCUGACAACUUGAGGCUGUUCUGAGAGCAAAAGGGGCUGGGGUGCAACUCAAUAAUGUUUUGUCAACUCAGUGUAUAUGCUUUAGCUCCAGUGAAAUGGUAGUAACAGUAGUCUAUUUUGCUGUAUUUCCCUCCUGUGUCUUAUUGGCCCUAUUGUUAAUGCCCGCACCUCUCCUGUUGGUCUCUAGAAGCCUGUGUGUGGAUGCCCUCAUCGAGCUCUCAGAUGAGAACACGGACUGGAAGUUGAGCUUUGAUGAGUUCCUAAACUGCUUCAAGCCUGGCUUCAACCCACCAGAGAGAAGUAAGACUUACACCAUAUACAGUAUCUUCCUGUUAUGUUUUUUUAUGUCCAAUGUUCAAUCCCUACGUUUUUUAAAAUGUGAUUUGAUUAUUAGACCAUUUUAAAAACACACAAAAAAAGACACGUUAAUAAAUAAAAUACUUUUACCAAAUCAAAUAUGCAGUGCAUUCAGAAAGUAUUCAGACCCCUUUACUUUUUCCACAUUUUGAUACGUUACAGCCUUAUUCUAAAAUGGAUUCAAUUGUUUUCCCCCCCUCAUCAAUCUACACACAAUACCCCAUAAUGACAAAGCAAAAACAGGUUUUUAGAAAUUUAGGAAAUAUUACAUUUACAUAAGUAUUCAGACCCUUACUCAGUAAUUUGUUGAAGUACCUUUGUCAGCGAUUACAACAUAGAGUCUUCUUGAGUAUGACGCUACAAGCUUGGCACACAUGUAUUUGGGGAGUUUCUCCCAUUCUUCUCUGCAGAUCCUCUCAAGCUCUGUCAGGUUGGAUUAUUUUCAGGUCUCUCCAGAGAUGUUCAAUCGGGUUCAGGUCCGGGCUCUGGCUGGGCCACUCAAGGACAUUCAGAAGCCACACCUGCGUUGUCUUGGCUGUGUGCUUAGGGUCGUUGUCCUGUUGGAAGGUGAACCUUUGCCCCAGUCUGAGGUCCUGAGCGCCCUCAAAGCUCAUCACUAAGAUAAGGACCCUGGGACUAAACACCUCUCUCUGCAACUGGAUCCUGGACUUCUUGACGGGCCGCCCCAAGGUGGUAAGGGUAGGUAACAACACAUCUGCCAUGCUGAUCCUCAACACGGGGGCCCCUCAGGGGUGCGUGCUCAGUCCCCUCCUGUACUCACUGUUCAUACAUGACUGCAUGGCCAGGCACGACUCCAACACCAUCAUUAAGUUUGACGACGACACAACAGUGGUAGGCCUGACCACCGACAACGAUGAGACAGCCUAUAGGGAGGAGGUCAGAGACCUGGCCGUGUGGUGCCAGGAUAACAACCUCUCCCUCAACGUCAUCAAGACAAAGGAGAUGAUUGUGGACUACAGGAAAAGGAGGACAGAGCACGCCCCCAUUGUCAUCGACGGGGCUGUAGUGGAGCAGGUUGAGAGCUUCAAGUUCCUUGGUGUCCACAUCACCAACAAACUAUCAUGGUCCAAACACACCAAGACAGUCGUGAAGAGGGCACGACAAAGCCUAUUCCCCCUCAGGAAACUGAAAAGAUUUGGCAUGGGUCCUCAGAUCCUCAAAAAGUUCUACAGCUGCACAAUCGAGAGCAUCCUGACUGGUUGCAUCACUGCCUGGUAUGGCAACUGCUCAGCCUCCGACCGCAAGGCACUACAAGGUAGUGCGUACAGCCCAGUACAUCGCUGGGGCCAGGCUUCCUGCCAUCCAGGACCUCAGUGGACCAGGUGGUGUCAGAGGAAGGCCCUAAAAAUUGUCCAGCCACCCUAGUCAUAGACUGUUCUCUCUGCUACCGCACGGCAAGCAGUACCAGAGCGCCAAGUCUAGGUCCAAAAGGCUUCUUAACAGCUUCUACCGCCAAGCCAUAAGACUCCUGAACAGCUAAUCAAAUGCCUACCCGGACUAUUUGCAUUGCCCCACCCCCCCCCCCCACCCCCUCUUUUACGCUGCAGCUACUCUCUGUUUAUUAUCUAUGCAUAGUCACUUUAACUCUACCUACAUGUCCAUAUUACCUCAAUUACCUCGACUAACCUGUGUCCCCGCACACUGACUCUGUACCGGUACCCCCUGUAUAUAGCCUCGCUACUGUUAUUUUACUGCUGCUCUUUAAUUAUUUGUUAUUUUUACUUUUAUUUAUCUAUUUUUUAAUUAACACUUAUUUUUCUUAAAACUGCUUUGUUGGUUAAAGGCUUGUAAGUAAGCAUUUCACUGUAAGGACUACACCUGUUGUAUUUGGCGCGCGUGACAAAUACAAUUUGAUUUGAUUUGAUUUGAGACUGCUUCAUUUCCUGUGAUGUCCAUUGACUUCCUGUUAUCCACUUCUUGCUUCCUGUAGAGUGUGCCCUGGAGGAUGAGACCUAUGAGGACGGGGCAGAGACUCAGGUGGAGUGUAACCGCUGUGUCUGUGCCUGUGGGAACUGGGUCUGCACAGCU